AUGGGGGGAGGAGAGAGAGGGCAGAAGGAAGCAAAGGAAAGCACUAACAAGCUGGAAAGCGAUCGCUUCUCAAGCCACUACUUCAACCUCGUCGUCGACGACACGACAUCUACCGCGACCGCAACUUCGACUCCCAUAGGCGCCAUCGGCACAGCGAGCAGCCUCCCCGACCCCACAGCGACUUCGGCAUCGACUACGACAUCCACUCCAACUCCCGAUGGCGGGCUCUCAACAGGCGCAAAAGCCGGCAUCGGCGUCGGCGUAGCACUCGGUGUCCUCGCCAUCAUCGCCGCAGCAGCGGCAUUCUGGUUCAUGAAGAGAAGGAAAGGAGCGAAGUACGCACCGGCUAGAAGCAAUCCUGAUUCUCCGCCUCCUGGGGCAAAGUAUAAUAUGCCAAUGGAGCAGCGGCAUGGACAGCCGGCGCCGAGCUGGAAUGCGUAUGACCCCAGUUCGCGGGGAGGAGAGUAUGGAGGACCGGUGUAUGCCCAGGAUGCGAAGGGAUUUAAUAAUGGGAUGGGGCCAGGACCUGCAGAGAUGGCGGCGACGCAGGCGGCGCCUGUGGAGAUGAGUGCGGAGUCGGCGUUGGGGCCUAGGGAGUUGGAGUCGAAUCCGGGGAGUGGGAGGAGGUGA